AUGGGAUUUAUCAAGCUUCCAAGAUGGAAGACCUAUCGUCGAAGGAGCAGGAAGACAGUUCGCUUCGAGUCAACCGAAGAAACAAAUUUUCCGUUUAGGGUCCAACAAUUGACAAGUCGAAUCUUCACUCUAGAAGAAGACCUCCAGAAAUCAAAUCAUACAACUGAAUUACUCAGAGCUCAAUUAGCAGAGUACGAUAUGCUUUUGGCACAUGCCCAGUGUCGAGUCGGUGAAACUCCACCUCCAACAUUCCAGACUGAUGAACAGUCGGUCAAUCAAGCAAGUCCCGCGGUGAGUCCCUCAAAUAAGACAUCUAAAGUGUGGAUUGAUGAUAUCUGGCUCUGUAAUGAUGCUGAAAACAUCCCCAUCCAAGAGGCAGAAGCAUAUUGGAAAAAUGGAUCUCCACAAAGUGCCCUAGAAAUCGUCUCUCAGGCGAUCGAUGCUAACCCCUUCCUAUCUGCAACGGAAGACAUUCGUUGUCGGAUAUUUGCUGCUGCAGUGCUUCAUUCCAUGGGACGUUUUGAAGUGUCUAAUCGACGUUUAGGUGUUAUUAUAGAAUCCGUCUCACGAUACUCUCUGCUAAAUGACCUGCGGUCCAGAGACCUCGUCGGUAUUGCUUAUUAUGUGUUUGGUAGAAAUCUCAUCGAAAUGGGCGAAUUUGCAGAGGCAUACUACUCACUUUCACGAGCACUUGGCACCCCCGGCUACCAUAACAAAACUCGUGAUUAUCAGAAGGCGGCAGUUGUUGAAUUUACUCGUCAGAAGGUUAUGGCGGAGACUGCCUCCGUCUCGUCAUCUUUACAGCCUACACAUGUACAGUAA